GACUUUCAUAAUGAAUAACAACAUCAAUGGGCAGGUCGAUGGACAGAAUGUGGUUGAAUAUUCUACGUUAGAUAAUUCCGUGAAGGAACUGAUCCAGGCAGCUAUACAGGUAAGGAACAACGCCUACUGCCCGUACAGCAACUUUCCCGUGGGAGCAGCGUUAAGAACGGCUACGGGUGAAAUCGUAACCGGAUGCAACGUGGAAAAUGGCACGUUUGGACCGUCCGUCUGCGCGGAGCGAACGGCCGUUUGCAAAGCAAUUAGCGAGGGAUAUCGUGAGUUCACCGCGGUGGCUGUGGCGGCUUAUCAGGAGGCGGAAUACACGGCACCUUGCGGCACCUGUCGCCAAACACUGUCGGAAUUCAGUGCAAAAGAUAUACCCAUCUAUCUUGUUAAGCCUUCGCCAGCGAGGGUCAUGAUUACGUCGCUAUUUAAACUGCUGCCACACGCCUUCUCGCCCACCUUUCUUAACAACAAAUAG